AGCGGUCUAAGUGGUCGCUUCAGAAUCGUUUAGAGCAUAAUAAGUAGUUAAUUUCCUGUUCUACGAUCCACUUCCGGAGUUGGUUUAUCUUAUCCAAAGAUACCCAGGUCUGCUCCGAGAUAGACUCAGAAUAGACAAAACGAACAAUGCUUUUAUAAACGUUGCGGCCAUCUUGCUACCUUUUAUCUAUUUUCACAUCUCUCGAGUAUUCGAUGUCGUCCGAUGUAUUCUGAUAUAUUAUAUGAAUUUAAAAAAUAUAUUCUUUGCAUAAAUAAAUAACAUGAUGAAUUAAAUAAAGUAAUUAAAUAAAGUGAUAUAUAGCGGAUUUUUUCACUUAAACUACAUUAAAUUAAUGUGCAUUAAAAAUGAACAGUAUAUUUAUAUCGAUACCAAUACCUAGACAUUGGAGGAGAAAAGAAUGAAAAACCAAUGUAACAUGUAAAAAAUGUAAAUAAAUACCAAGAGUACGAGUAAAGAUUGUUUUCCCAUUAUCGACAUCUCCCCUAUAUCUUGUACCGACCGAUAGCAACACUCAGCAUCGCGGUUCGCGAUACUGCCGCGUACAUUGAUGAUCGCGUAACAUUGAAAGGAAUCGCAAAUGCGAUAUCUUGACGCAUGUCGCGCGAGUUUCACGCGAGACUACCUGGCGUGAGAGUUGAGAGUUGAGAGUACCACGCAGUCCACACAGUACCGGGAAAGUCCGAUAAACGUGUGGCCGGGGCAACCGCCGUCGCGGUGCAACACGAUACGACACGGUACAUACGACGCACGAGCGAUACGUCGUUCAUCGUUCGCUGUUUAACGCUCGAAAUCAUAAAGAGAUUUGAGUUUCAUUGGCGCAUUGAGUUGGGACUAAGACAGAGUUGGGACUAAGGAUGUCGCCGAGAAACGCCAUUUUGUGAUCGCGCUGUCUGGACGUAAACAUCGAACUUUCCAAUUGUAUUCGACGCGGUGGGAAGAUAUCUCGCCGAUUGAUCCUCAUCUCGGCGGCUCGUUCCCAGCCCGCCGGCAUCGUUUAUACAUUUUCGCCAAUCGUCGCGACACGACACCGCCCCAUGUUCAGCUAAUGCAGUGACGUUUCGCGCCAAUUCCAUCAAGACGCACACCUGGCGCACGCCACGCUACGAGAACAGCUGUCGUUGCGUCGUCGAUUAGUGUUAGCGUCUCAGCGUCGGCGUCGGCAUUUUCGCGCGAUUUCAACGCAUUCGCUGGUCAGAGUUAUAUAAUAGAGCAGAUGCAAGCUUCAAUUAUCAAUAAGUUGGACAUUCAGGCAAAAUGAUUCUGGCGAUUAUUCAUAAAUGAAUUUUCUAUUGGUCAAAGUUUGAAGAUAUGCUUUUUAUUAUUGCAAAAAAGCUUGAUGAGUAAACAAAAGUUUAAGGAAUGGUAUUCUAUUCGAUUCAGCUGGAUGUUAGAUAAGCUGAAAAAUGUCUGGUGAUUCAGGAUGGAACGCCGUUAUUCAUCAUCCUUCAGAUUUGGAAUUACAGAAUUGGAAUUGGGAAGAAAACGAUGGAGAGCAAGAGAAAGAGCUCCCUUCAACCGUUGAUAUGGAUGCAAUAAAAGGUGGUGGUAGUUGGGAUCCUGCUACUGAACCUAAUGGGACAGAUUCGGUUGAUUCCGAAGAAGAUUCUGAUUCUGACGACGAAAGCUCUGGUGGAAGCGAAGGCUCUUGCUCUUAUUCGGAUUCUAAUUCAGAGUCAGACGACGAAAGUAGCGGCGACGAAGAGGAAGAUAGUGGAUCCAAUUCGGACUGUUCGUCUGAACAUAGCGAGCAAACAUUUUCCAUUCAAGAAACUAACUUUGAACAAGGAGCACUGAAAUUAAAAAUCACUAUGAAAGGUCCUAAAAAAGAAGACUCUGAAAAAAUUAAAUGUGAAAAGAAUAAAAGAACUGUUACAAAAAAGGUCAAGAACAAUCAAGAAAAUAAGUCCUCAGAAUGUAGUAGUGAAGAUUCAGACUCGUCUGUGGGCAACGCGGCGUCACAACAACCACAACAACAACAGUCGCAACAGCAUCAACAUCACCAUCACGUGCCGACACAAGAAAUCAACCAGGAACAUCACGCGACUACAUUGCCUACCUCGCAAGAGCAGGAGGAUCCGCCGUUCGAUGGAUUUGAGGAUUCGGAGAGCGGUCGGCUGGUGUCAAAGGCGAUCGAACGCAUGUCGCUCGGCGCAGACUCGGACACGAGCGAGAACGGCGAUCAGAAUCCCGUACCUGUAUAUAGCUCCACUCUGUUGCAACAGUUUGUUGAAAAGACUGCUAUGUUGUCAGAGCCACGAAAAAGGCGCAGCAAAUGUGGUAAAAAAUUGAACAAUGAUAAUGAGUAUCCAUGCGUGUCAAACGUAUCGCCCGAUUCCGGCAUCCAAUCGGUGGACAAUAGUCCGUUACAUCUGGCUAUCAGUCCCGUCAGUCCUCCAGCGCCGACCCAAUCUCCAGUCCAACCGCCGAUCGUUACUAAACCGGCAGUGAAUGUCGAUCGGGUUCUGUAUCCUCCGAAGAGAAAACCUGGUAGGCCAGCAAAGACAGUGUCUACGCAACCACGUGGACCCGGUAGGCCGCGUUUAAAACCGGAAAUUGUUGAGAAAAUUCAAAAGAUCGAAAAAGCGGAAAAAGAAAGAAAGGAAUCUUUAAAAAAUUUAAAUAAUCCCGAUUCUCGAUUAUCGGAAAAGAGAGAAACUGUCGGAAAGGAAUCGAUCGUAAAGGGAGCGAAAGAAGACACAUUUCCACUUAGGAAACGAGGUAAUGCAAAAUCCGUUGCAUCGAAAGAAGUGAAAGACGAUGCGAGACGGUCUCCUGCAAACAAAAGAACGAAAGGUAAACCGAUGGUAUAUCAAAAGACACGUUAUACCGCAGUGAAAUCUUCGCAGGAAAAGACAAGCGUGGUCAAGAGGACGACGGGAACAAGUUCGUCGAUGCGAGUAAAGUGCCUAAACAGAUCCACCGCAAACAAACUUGUGCCACGGUGCGACGGUAGAUCCUGUCGAAAAGUCAGGCACGACAGAACAUGCGUGUCUAACAAGACCACAGUUCCCUUGACGCGACAGAAGCAGAUGUCGUGCGAGCAUCAGGUAUCUAACGAUCAAAAGAUGUUGAGCAUUGGUAAGAGAACAGGUUCGAAAGAGAACAGAAAUAAUGCGACCGCUGUUGCACCUAGAAGGCAGAAUUUAGUGAAAAAGAUCGCGCCUCCAAUCACUAGGCGAGUUCUAAAGGAAAACAAGUGCAACAAAAAAUUACCACAGCAGGCUGAGACAAGUGGUGUGGGCGUACAGACAUUAAUAUCACUACCAGUCGGCGAUAUAUUAAAGACAGAAAAUGUGGAGCGUACAUCCAAUAAGUGCGACAAACUGGUGCAGCCAAUACAGCAUAAUUCUUGUCACAAGCAGCAUCAUCAUCAUCAUCAUCAUCAUCAUCACCAUCAUCAUCACAAACAUCGUCGGAGAUUGCUCGCGCCACCAAAAAAUCCCAUUCGCAUCGAUCCAUGUAUUAUCCAGGAGCUGGAAAAGCUGAUCGAGGAGUUUGAGAAGUUGUGCAGUUUGGGCAAGAACAACACCUGCGCCAAUCACUCCGAGCUACCGCAAAUCUUUCGUGUUAAGAAGCUUACGAAAAAGAGGAAAGGUGGCGACGUCGGUGCGAAUGACGAUCAGAAAUUAAAGCGACGAUUGAAAAAGAAAAAUAUUGACGGCACAGAUUCCAAGAGCAGUGCAAACACUAGUACGAGUUCCAAUCCGAAUGAACAGCGGCUGCCAUUGAAGAAACGUCAUUACCACGUUUCGAGUCCGCAUAGUUCGCAAAGCUCGAACGCGAGUUGCGCGGAUGUGACAGCGAACGAGUCCAAUUCCACGGAAAGCCAUAUAGAGGAAGCGAUCGAGGCUACUAUUACGAGAUAUGGUGGCGGCAGCUCGACAUCCUCCAUUCACGACGAGGAGACUAUGCCGGUUACUCCUAAGAAAAGGCCAAGGGAUGUUGAAAUCGCAGCAUCCGAAAAACAGGGUAGUGAUGAAGAUAAAUCAACCAACCAAGUGGAAAUUCAACCACGCCGAAAGAAAAAGAUUGUUAAGGAUCUUCGUGUUACUGUCACAAAAUUGUCCUCUGAAGGUCACAACUUUCUCGACAAGAAUGAUAAAGAAAAAUCGACGGACAAGAGUUCCAAAAUUGCCACAGAAAAACCUGGCAAAUCGGAAAAGACUAUGAUGUCGGAUAAAUCGAUCAAGACCGAUAAAACGCAAUUAAGCGACAAGAUUGACGUCGAACACAUUCGCACGGAAAAGAAUAUUAAAGUUGAUUCGGAAACGAACGUGUCUGAGACGUUUGAUGACGGUGAGACUGUGACCGAGAGUAAGAAAUCUCCGAUCAAUAACUCAAACGUGCCAAAUCUCAUGAAUAAUACAGCGAUGAUUCUCACAAAGAAAAAGAUACGAAGACGGAAAGCCAUCAAUCGUACAGGUUUUCCGACUUUGAAGAAGAAGAAGAAAAAGAUUGUAGAUUCUUCUAGAGUGAUCAAAUCAGCGCUAUUGGGUAACACUGAUGGAACGUGUAAAGAUCAGGACACAGUCGAAGAUGCGGAAGAUAAUAAAGCAUCUUUGAUAGAAAAUAAAGUUCAGGACAAUGUUGUAAUAGAAAACAACGAUAGUGUGGAACAUGCUAAAAAUGAUGUGAAAAAUGUAGACAAUUCUAGUACAGUGCAAGAGACAUCUAGCCGAAGUGGUUCGGAUGAAAUAAUCGAGUCUUGUACCGGUCAAUUGCGAGUCCGUAAGGAUCUCGUGGAAUCCGACAGCAGUAUACUGUCUGAAAAACUUUAUCCGAGUCCGGUCAAGUACGAGAAAAUACCGGACUGUCGGAUCUACGACGAGAAUGCAUCGCUGGAAGAAUCUCUCGAACGUUACAAUCAAAAUCAACGUAUCGCAGAACUAAACGAAGAGAAUUUGAGAAAAUUGGAACGCGCGAACGCUCAAGCAGCGAAUGUCAAGCUGGAAUUAUCUAGUUGCUUUAACAAUAAUCACAAGAAAAGAAGGGGUUCGACCAGUCCUUCUAAUCUGUAUGGAAGAAGCACGAAGAGACUAAGGAGCGCGGGUUACGAUACGGAGAGCGAGGCACCGCCCAGCAGUGAUGUGGCCAGCGAGGAUCAAGAGGUCAGCAGGAAACCCAUAGGUCCUGUUCAUAAUCGGAAAAAACAAUCGAGGUGGAGGAAGCGAUACUUGCAAGCUAGCAGCAUAUUAUCCGAGUUCAAAAAACUCGAAUCUAAAAAACUCACUGGUAUCGAUACCAAACAAAAAAUUAUCGUUUGUCCCAAUUCAGAAGAGCAUUACGCUACAGAACAAUUACCGACCAUUAUAUCGACUGGGAAACUCUUGCGACAGAGAAAAACGUCAUUUCAAUUGCAAUACGAUUUAUUAUGGCUUCAUGCUCAAUCGAGACACUUUGAUCGAAAUAUGGUACCAUCAUGGAAUUACAAGAAAAUUCGAACGAACAUUUAUUACGAUGUUAAACCGACUACUCUAUACGAGGCGCAAGCCUGUGAAUGCAAACCAGAAAGUGGUUGCGGAGAUGAUUGUAUUAAUCGAAUGGUAUUUAGUGAAUGUUCGCCACAACUGUGUCCUUGUGGUGAAAAGUGUGAGAAUCAAAAGAUUCAAAAGCACGAGUGGUCGCCAGGGUUACUGAGGUUUAUGACGGAGAAUAAAGGAUGGGGAGUAAAAACGCAACAAGCUAUCAAAUCCGGGGAUUUUAUUCUUGAGUACGUGGGUGAAGUUGUAUCAGAAAGAGAGUUCAAAUCGAGGAUGGCAACCAGAUAUGCCAAUGAUACGCAUCACUAUUGUUUGCAUUUGGAUGGUGGUUUGGUAAUCGAUGGUCAUCGUAUGGGAGGUGACGGGAGGUUCGUAAAUCAUUCGUGCGAACCCAAUUGUGAGAUGCAGAAAUGGAGUGUCUUGGGCCUACCACGUAUGGCAUUAUUUGCAUCAAGAGAUAUUAAGCCGGGGGAAGAGUUAACAUAUGAUUACAAUUUUGCGCUUUUCAAUCCAUCGGAAGGACAGCAAUGUAGAUGUGGUAGUAGUGUCUGUAGAGGUGUUAUAGGUGGAAAGAGUCAAAGGGUAGCUCGGACCAUUCCUCCUCUACCAUCGCAAAUGGAACCUAUUGAGAGAAGAUCAGUAGGCAGACCGCGAAAGAACAUUCGUAAAUCGAAUGCAGUGCAAUCAACCAACUCCAAGAACAUUUGCAAGUCUCGCAAAGUGGGAGAUCCAACUUUGACACACAAUACGCCACAAUUGAAACCGAUGUCUUAUCAACAGCGAUGCUUCGCGCGUGAACAUCAUUGUUUCCUAUUGAGGAAUCUAGAGAAAGUGCGACGAUUGAAAUCAGCAUCGGUGCAGCAAAUUCAAGUACAGAAUGGCAAAACAAAAUCUAGUAACGCGAAUAUGACAAAGGAAAAGAAUUUAGGUGACUCUAAGGCGCAAUCUGAUGCAUUUUUCUCCCAAUUAACUGCAUUGACAAACAUCAAUGCGCGUACUGUACGAACACGUAGACUUGCGCAAGCACAGGAUGACCCGGAGGUACAUAAGACUGCAAAACUAGCUAAGGUAUUAAAAGAUUUAUAUACAACUGUCAUAAAAGCUAGUGAUGAAAAUGAUCAGUUAUUAUGCAUGCCUUUUAUGACUUUACCUUCCAAAAAAAAGUUCUCUGAUUAUUAUGAGAAAAUCACAGAACCCAUCGAUCUGAUAACAAUAGAACAGUGUAUUGGUACUGGUCAUUACAAAACUGCGGAACAGUUUGAUCAAGAUAUGAUAAGGCUCUUUGACAACAACGUGAGAUUCUUUGGUAGAACGUCCGAAAUAGGAAUCGCCGCGGCGAGAUUACGGAAAUUAUAUUUGGGAUUCAAACCUGAUUUUGUGGACGCUAUAACAGAAGCAACAGGUUCUCCUCCAUCUCAAGGUUUUUUACCACCUCGUGGAUCUACGGCUGGAGAGGAAGAUGUAAUCAGAUGUAUUUGCGGACUACACAGGGACGAAGGUUUGAUGAUUCAGUGCGAACGUUGUCUCGUUUGGCAACAUUGUGACUGUGUUAAGGCAGAUACGAGCGCUGAAUCUUAUCUUUGUGAAAGAUGUCAACCUCGUGAGGUUGAUUUGGAAAUUCCACUAGAAGGCGAGGAGGAGGAAGAAGGCAAGAAACAUUAUGUAACAUUGAUGCGAGGCGAUCUACAACUUCGGCAAGGGGACACAGUCUACGUUUUAAGAGACACGCCUGAUAAACACACAUACAAAACUAUACAGAAGCCCGAUUAUGAGCAAAUGGAUAUUUUCAGAAUCGAACGUCUAUGGAAAAACAAUGAGGGCGAGAGAUUUGUAUUUGGACAUCAUUAUCUUAGGCCUCACGAAACGUAUCACGAGCCAACGCGAAAGUUUUAUAUAAACGAAGUUGUGUGUGCUCCGUUGUACGAAGCAGUACCUUGUGAUCUUGUAGCCGAGCGAUGUUGGGUAUUAGAUCCUCAUACUUUCUGUAAAGGACGUCCCGUCGGUUCUACUCCCGAACAUACUUACGUAUGUGAAUAUCGUGUUGAUCGUGCAGCAAGACUUUUUACAAAGGUGGCUAGAGCCAGGCAUGCGGUAUGCACGAAACCUUAUGCAUUUGAAACUUUUCCUCAACGUAUAAAACAUUAUCGCACCUAUUUGCCUCAUAGUCUCGACGGAAUCAAGAUGUCUAAAGACAAGAAGAAAAAUAACAAUCAAGAAGAUGGGAACCAAAAAUUGGAGUCUAACGAUAAUAUAAAAACACAUAACAAAGAACAUAAAUAUGGUAAUAGAACCAGACGAAAAUUAGGCGAAAUCUUAACAGUUACACCAUCUGUAACAUUGUAUGCUCAGCGAGAGGAACAGAAGAAAAGAUUAAACGGCAUUCUACUAAAUCUACUGCAAAGAAUGCCGAAUAAGAAAGAUCCAUUAGAUCUAUCCUUUCUUCUAGAAAGAAACAGACGAAAUCGGAAAAGACCUGGUGGACUCAAUCCGUGACAAUGGGUAACAUCACGAUAAUAUCAUAUUGUACAUAUAGGCUAAUUUCAAUCUUAGAUUAAUAGGCUAGCUGAUUCCAAUCGUUCUAAACUUGACUCUCUACCAUGUGAAUCAAGAUAAUUGUACAUUUACCUUUUCCCUUUCUUCCCUCUCUUCACUCUUAACGAGAAAAGCGUGAGAAACAGUUUUCCUCUUCGUACAACCCGUCCAUUGGUGUAAUUAAUAUAUCUAUAUAGUACAGUUAAAGUAACAUUUAACAUAAAUACAUUAUUAUUGAUCGAUAUUUUUUUAUAUAUUUUUUUUUGCAUAGAUAUUGUAUCACAACUAGAUUUUAAUGCAUAUUUUUUGUUUAUUUGCAACUUUUUAAUUACCCGCAUUAAAAUAAGCAUCUUUGAUUUAUGAUAGCUCCAGGAACAUGUCAUAAGCAAUCAAUAGAUACUUAUUAAUGGAAACUAAGUAGAGUAUGCUCAUUUUAUCAUGAUUAGAAUAUUUAAUAGAGGAAAAUUAAGAGAGUAAUUGAUUUUUCCCAGAACUGGGUUUCCUCUCGCACUGAUAUAACUGCAAAGUGCGGUACUUGUAUAGAAAAUCUUUUGUAUAUUUUUUUUUCAUAAAUAAUAUAGUUAAAUGUACAGAUUAUAUGUUUUCUGGGGUCAAAAAAGCUUAAGCGUCAUGUCAGUGCGAGAGGAAAAAAUCAAUACUCAAAAUCAUAUAAUAUUAUGAAUAAUGAGCGUGUAUUCAUAUAUGUAAUGCUUUAUUGCACAGAAGUAAUAUUAUAUUUUUCAUAAUCCCUCGAUAUUAUAUUUAAAUGACGUGUAACAUAUUUUC